CGCACCACCACCACUACUCUUAUCCAGCACACUGAAGAGUUUCCUCUUCCCCGCCAUUUCCCUUGCCACUCCCAGGUCUCAACCCUUUUUCGUCUCUUCUCAAGAUCGGAGGAUGACGAAUAACUAGGUUAGACUAAUAGAUCACUUCAUAAUGCAACCUCCGACCAACGCAACAGCUUUUGGAAAUAUGGUUCUCCACCCGUAUAGAAGGCGAUCCUCCACCAAAUCUCGCCCUGCCCUGGUGCCACCAAAAAGCAAACGGUUUGAGUUAGAUUUGUCUUCUUCUCAUUUGUCUUCUCUCUAAGCCAAUUUUUAAACCUUGCUUAGUUUCCUGCUCCAUCUAUCAACUGGGUAGUGGGUUCCAUCCAUUUCUGAAGUGAAAUGGAGAAGCUGAUGGGCGAAUUUAAGCUGGCUGAGGCGAAGCAAGGGAGCGUCCUCAGCUUGAUCGACGAGGUUCAGGCAAAAUCUUCCUCAAUCCUUUCGAUGACCCUUCAUUGGAAAGAUCUGGACCUGCAGUACGAAUCGAUAAGGGAGAGUUUACUCCGACAAGGGCGAGAACUUGCCUUGCAAAGUAAGGAAAUGGAGGAAGCCAGGAUAAGGGUUGAGUUGCGAGAAAUCGAGGUUGAGUUACGAGAAAUCGAGGUUGAGGUUAAGCUGGAAGCUGCUCAAGGGUUUGUGGAUGAGGUUAGACAGAAGGAAUCUGAACUGGGUUUGCUGAAAGAUCAGAUUUUGGAGUGUGAUGCUGAGCUGGGUUUGAAGGAAAGGGAGCUAGGGUUUCAACAGAGGGCACUGAGUGAGAUAGGCUGGAAGAUUUGUAAAAGAGAAUGGGAAAUGGAUUGCAUCCAGAAGUCUAUUCAGGAAGAGUUCAAGGAGCUUCAAGCGAAAAGGGAAGAGUUGACUGAGUUAAGGAAUUUGAUUGUUAAGUGUAAUGAUGAAUAUGAAUCGAAAGAAAAGCAGUUGGGUAUGGCGGAUAUGGAGCUUCAGUCUAAGGAGAGUUACUUAGGUUCUCUUCAACAUAGGGUGAGAGAAUCUACCGAGGAAUUGGAGGCUAAACAGAGCCUAUUGGGUUCACUAGAAAGGACGUCGGUUGAGCUUAAGGAGGAGAUUUCUAUGAAACAGAGAGAAUUGAGUUCAUUGCAGAAGGCUGCAAUGGAGCAGUUAAAGGAGGCCAAAAUCAAGAAAAACAACCUGGAUAUCGCGCUUACGGUGGAAGAAUGUGAAGAGAAGCUUCGGGAGAAGUGGAAACUAUUGGGUUUCAUGGAGUCAUCCCUGGCCGAGCAUAGUAAGCAUAUUUCUUUCAAAGAGAAGGAGUUGAGUUCUCUGGUUAAUUCUAUCAGAGAAAGGUCCAAGCAGCUUGAGUCCAAACAUAAGGAAAUGAAUGAAGUUUCGAAUUUGCUUUUGAAUUGUCGUUCUGAGCUUCAAGUAAAAGAGCACGAGUUGGCUAAGGUGAAGGACAUGAUCGGAGUAUGCAAUGCUGAACGAGUGUCCAAAGAGAAGCAGUUGACUUUGUUGGUAGGGGAGCUCCAGGGUAAACAGCAACUGUCAGAUUGUUUAGGAAAAGCAUUGGAAGGGCACCGUGCAGAGAUUUCUAUUAGAGAGAAAGAGUUGGAUUCCUUGGAUAAAGAAGUGGAGAAGAGAUUGCAUUUGAUUUCAAAUCUUAACUCUGAGCUUCAGGAGAAGAGGAAAGAACUGGAUGAAGUGAAGGAGUCCAUUGGAAUAACUACUGCUGCACAUGACUUGAAGGGGUUGGCCGUGUUACAGGAGAAGAAAGAGCUUGAUAAGUGGAGAUGGAAAGGGGAAACUGGAGUUGCAGAAAAUUUUGCUGGUUCAAAGCGGGAAGCUUCUGAAACGCAUUCUUCCAGCUCAAAGAAACACAGAUCGAUUACUGUGGAUGGAGUCGCACCGGAAAACCCUUGUAACAUAUCAAACUGAAUCCAAGCUGCACGGCAAAGGGACAUGCGGUAUAUGACUGGAUGCCUUUACGAAGAAGCACAUUUACCUACUAGAUUGUGAACAUUUAACUCUGCUUGUGGUGGUGAGGCUUAGAGUGGCGGUGCUGCUAGUAUAGUUAAGUUGAGUUAUAGGUAUAAUAUAAUAUGUCGCUCUACUAUGUCGUUUUAUCAAAUAUGUCCUACUAUUUUUUACAUCAAACAUGCCCCUGUACUUUGAAAAAAAUUAUCAAACAUGCCCUUCUGUUAAAAUUUUCAUCCAUAAACCGUUAACCACGACCAAACUUUGGUUUGGGCCGCACAAAUGUCUAAAAUAUCCCCAAUAAUGUCAUUUGAGAAUUUUUUUGGUUCUUUUGUAUAGCCAAAUAAUCAUAAUAAUUUCACUUUGACAAGACCCAGAGAAAUAAAACAAGGGACGAAAAUGAUAUUUUCCCUCCCAUUUGCCGAUAUCAGGUCGUCUAAAUCUCGUUCAACCAUUAUUGACGAUUUUUUCAAUGAAAAUUUUAACAGAAGAGCAUGUUUGAUAAUUUUUCCAAAGUAUAAGAGCAUGUUUAAUGUAAAAAAUAGUAUACGGGCAUGUUUGAUAAAACGACAUAAUAGAUGGGCAUAUUAUAC